AUGAAGUGGAGGAGCAUCGCCGUCCUCACCACCCUGCAGGCACAGCUGCCAGCCACAGAUGCUGCAUCAGUUCUUGGCCUCACAGAUCCCAGGCUCUGCUACGUGCUGGAUGGAUUCCUCUUCAUUUAUGCAGUGGUCAUGACAGCCCUUUUUGUGAAGGCAAAGCUCAGCAAGGCCUCUGAACCACAGCUGCCACCAGGCCAGGAUGACGUAUACAAUAAACUCUCCCGCAACCCCCGAGACGAUUACGACGUUCUGGGAGGAAAGCGAGGAGCAGACCCCGAGCUGGGCGGGAGACACCAGCAGAGGAGAAAGAACCCUCAGGACACUGUCUACACUUCACUGCAGAAGGACAAGAUGGGUGAGGCAUACAGUGAGAUUGGAAUGAAGGGAGAGCAGAGACGGCGAGGCAAAGGACAUGAAGGUCUCUACCAGGGGCUCAGUGCAGCAACCAAGGACACUUAUGAUGCUCUCCAAAUGCAGCCUUUGCCCCCGCGCUAAGUGGGAGCCUCAGAGGGGAUGGGCAAGGGUGAGAGAUGCCCACCUGCCUUGGGGAGGAGAGGGGGGAGAGCCUUUUUCAUCCAAAACAAGCACUGUGUGUUUUCUGUGUGCAAGAUUCUCCUUGGGUUGGUGCACAGAAUCUGGACCUGGCCCUUUCUUUCUCCCUCUCCUCCUGAAUCAUGUAACUGCUUCUGCUAUUAGAAUGUACAUAUCUGUAAAGUUGUUACCUAUUAUAGUGGGUAUUAGGCUGAUAUUUUUGUUGGUAAGGUUUGUGCUGUGGGACCAGACCACACCUUCUAACAAACACAACUGUUUCCACAGCUGUUCCUUGUCUUCUAAAGUAUUAAGAAUUACGGCUUUAUUGCAUUUUAAAGAGUUGCAAAGAUAGGACUGUAUUUACUUUCUGUAGUAUUUAUCUUAGGACUAUUUCACCCUUUUUGCUUUAUAUUUACCUUUUAAAAUCUGCUUCAGUGGAGGGCAACUUUUUUCUUUAAUUGUGAAGAGUGACAUGAUGUUACAGUAGUGAAGCAGUUGAAUGCCAACUUUCCAGUAGGAAGAAAAUGAGCACCAAUAUCCCAAAAAAGAUCAAGCAGUGGUACUGCCAUUCAUCCAUAAAUAUGUGACAGGUAAGCUGAGUGAGAGACUUGUCUGAAGGCAGAAAAAACAAAGAAAAAAAGAUGAGUUCCCCUAUUAUUAAUCCCUGACAACAAACUGUACAACAGCCAACCUAAAUGCAGUUCCCAAACCAGUCUCUCAUGAGGAUGCUUCCAAAAGGUGCAGGUAUCAUUCCAAAGAGGUACCAGCUCAAUAAUGUCAUGUGUUUUUGAUGAAUUAAUAAAACAGAGACCUGUAUGCGUGUAGGGAGCAGCAGUGGGAAUGGCACGAGCUCCUUACCUGAGGCAUUCAAACUGUCUGAGCCAGCCUGCAGCCAGCAGCACCAUCUCCCAGGGAAGCUGAGGAGGACAGGAUUCCAACAGGAGCUCCUACACACAUCCCAGAGACUGGGAUGGGCUGUUGGGAAAAUGCCCCAAACCCAGGCACCAAAGGGACACUCACCUGCUGCUGCUGCAGCCUCAGUUUUGCCUGUGCCUCGCAAGGCUGCACAGUGAAGCCUGGAGGAAUUCAGCAAGGACAAAUCCAGCCCAGCAAACUCAGGGGUGUUUCACCUUGACUCAGGAGCUCACCAGGCCAUCUCACCAGUCCUCACAGAGAAGCAGAGCUAAAGCAAGGCUGUGGGAACAAGAGCUGCUGUUCUUGGGUGCUGCCCAGGUGGUGUUAUGACUUCUUUCCAGGGACUGGGUGGGUUAGCAGCAGCAAAACUUGUAGAAAUGGGUGCUAUGCAAGUUCCAAGGCAGUUUUACCUCUUUAGCAGUAA